AUGCGUAUGAUCAACACCAGUUAUGAUAUUAUGAGAAAAAGAAUGAAGCACGGGAAAAGAAUUGUUUUAUUUACAUUAUUUGCAAUGAACUUGAUCGAUCAGCCGGCGCCCUACGUAAAAAUCGAGCAAGGGACUUUGAGCGGUAAAAUAAGUAGCGAUGGGUCGUUUUUUGAAUAUCUUGGCAUACCUUAUGCGACUAGUAAUAGAGAAACAAGGUUCAAGGCACCCCUUCCUCCUCCAAAAUGGAAUGGUGUUUAUAAAGCAAUAGACGAAAUGUACGGAUGCCCACAACCGUUCCUAUUGAAUAUAGUUUCUGGUACAGAGGAUUGUUUGAAAGCAAACGUUUAUGUACCAGCUAAGUCCAAAGGACCACUUCCAGUUAUGGUGUAUAUACAUGGAGGAGCAUUUUUUUUGGGAAGUGGAGGAAAACUGUUAUACGGGCCAGAGUUUAUAGUCAAAAAUGAUGUUAUAUUAGUUACCUUUAACUACAGACUAGGUGCUUUGGGUUUUAUAUGUUUGGGUACUGAAGAAGCACCUGGCAAUGCUGGCUUGAAGGAUCAAAUAGCUGCAUUGAGAUGGGUGAAAAACAAUAUUGCUGCUUUCGGAGGCGAUCCAAAUAAUGUUACUAUAUUUGGAGAAAGUGCAGGUAGCGUAUCUGUUUCUAUACUUCUAUUAAGUAAAGCGACAUUAGGAUUGUUCAACAGAGCCAUAUUACAAAGCGGAUCUUCUUUAUCAAACUGGGCCAUAAACAGGAAACCAGUUUGGAUAGCUAGUCUCUUAGUAAAAGAUCUGGGAUACGAUACCGAAGAUCCAAAAGAAAUAUAUGAUAUUCUUUAUAAUCUACCUUAUCAAGAUCUAAUUAAACUGAAACCAGUUAAGCCGCUCGGCAUGUUCUUUGAUACAUUAUUACUUCAUCUACCCUGUAUCGAAAAACCUGAUAUACCUGGUAAUGAACCAGUAUUGACAGAUUUGCCAUAUAAUCUGCUUAUUAAUAACCCAAGAAAUGUUUCUGUUAUUCACGGUAGUACAAGCAGAGAAGGAUUACUAUUAACACCUGGUGAAACGGAAGCUAUUCUUGAAGAAAGAAACCAAAGAUAUUUCUUCGCUUCAGACUUAAUAUUUAAGUCUGAUGACGAAGCAAAUAAAACGUCGUCUAAAAUUAAAGAGUUUUAUUUCGGUAAUGAGCGUUUGAGUCGUAACAAUAUAUUGAAAUUGGAAAAAAUGUACACAGAGUUGUAUCUCCAAUUUCCGACCGCUUUAGAAGCAGAUAUUUUAGUAUCUUCUUGGAACAUACCUGUUUAUAGCUACUUUUUUAAUUAUUCGGGAGGUAGAAAUGCUUUAAAGAGUAGAGCUGGUAGUGGUAACGAAACAGGGGCGUGCCAUGCUGACGAUAUUUUCUACCUUUUCAAUGCCAGACUAUGGCCAUUCUCAACAAGCAAAAAGGAUGAAGAAUUCAUUGAAUUGCUAACUCGAAUGUGGACUAAUUUCGCUAAAUAUGGGUACGUAUAUUUUUAUAUUUCAAUGAAGAUAAUAGGUUUGUAA